AUGAGUGUCCGAAGAAGCAGUGUUUUUGGAGGAUCCAAGAGGCUUCUUAAAGAGAAAAUUGUUCAAAUUUAUGAAUCUUUCUUCCGUGGAGAAGACUUAACAAGACACAAUCCAAAUUUUUGGAGUGAAUUCUUUCUACUAAAACCAAAGGUAGCUUUAUUAGAAGCAGAAAUUUUGAAACUUUCUGGCGAUGAAUUGAUGAGUUUGAAACCAAAUAUAAAUAUCUUAUUUGCUGAAUGUGUCAAAACCCUAGAUCAUGAACAUGCAAUCCGUGUUGUCUACGCAUUACAGACGUUAUGUGCUCUCAUUAGUAGCGUUUGCAAAAAAACUUCUGGAGAAUGUGGCUUUGAUGUAAUAAAUAUUUUGAUUGGGUUUGAUGUGGCUGAGCAGCAGAUGCAAGCUCUGCUGAAACAUUGCUCUAAAUUUUUGACUGGUGAUUUUCCGCACAGCUUAGCAUGCCUUUGUUUGAAACUUCUUCUGGUUAUUGUAACUGGAUCGGAUAACAUUAGUCAAAACUCUCUGCUGGAGUAUCUUAUCAUUCACUCAAUGUUUGAUGUUUUAGUGCAGCUUCUAUGUAACCCAGAAAGCAGAGCAAUUCAUGGCAGUGAUGUUUUGCUGUUGAUUUCUCUUUUAGUCAACUACAGAAAGUACGAGUUAUCAAACCCAUACAUAGUCAAACUUUCAAUACUAGACAAUGAACUGGCUUUGAAUGGCUAUGGCCAGGUAUUAACUGGGGCUCUAUCAGAACUAUGUCAUCAGUCUGAGACAGAUGAAACUGAAAUACAAGCUAGUUGGCUGUCCUCGAUAACUAACAUGGUCGGCCUUAUGUUUGGGACAGAGGGUGAUUAUUCUCGAAUGCAGCAAGUAAACUGCAAUACGGGUGCGUUGAUUGCAUUAUACGAGGUUGUCCACCUCAAUCGAAAUUUUAUGACAACAUUAGCACACAUUCAAACUGAUGUUAAAGUAGGCUCUUUUCCACAAGAUGAUUCUAACGCUGGGUUAGAACAGUCAACAUUACUAGUCACUUUUUUUCAAUAUUGUUCAAUUGUUAUGCAAGACCCAAAGUGUGCAAAUAGUACAAAAUUAUGUUUUAUCAUAUUGUCAUGUAUUGCUGAAGAUCAAUAUGCAAACUUUUAUAUGCAUGAUUCAAAUCUGAUGUUCAAAGUUAUUUUAUAUCGAUUACCAAUGCGACAUCGGAAGAUAACCCUAGAUUCUCAGCCGCAAACGUUGGCUGCAACUCUAGUUGAUCUAAUCGUUGAAUUCAUUAUGAGUCAUAUGAUGAAUAAAUUUCCCCUGGAGCUAUUUUUACUGGCAAUCGGAAUUAUACAUCGGAUUCUCUGUUACCAGAAAAAAUCGAGGGUUCGACUGAAUUAUCAAUGGAAAAACUUGUGGAGUGCCCUCAUUUCUCUACUUAAAUUUUUAACCCUACAUAAAGCUCAAUUUGCCAAGAAAUAUGAUAUAUUUUCUCUAGGAUCUCAGGUUGUAAAUAUAUUCAACUUAUUCAUAAUGUAUGGUGACUCAUUCCUUCCAUCACCAAACAGUUAUGAUGAACUUUAUUAUGAAAUAAUACGGAUGCACACCGUUUUUGAUGCCCUUUAUACUUUUGCUUCCAGGUACUCGUCCACCGAUGGUGAAUUCAAGUCAUCGGCAAUCUCAUUAACAAACUGCUUAAUUAAUGUUAGAGCCAUUGUCAAUCAUUUUGCCCCAAAAAUAGAUAGUUGGCUAUCCGAUCAAUCCUUAUCGACACCAUCUGAAGAUCAAAUUUUAGAGGUGGUUCGGAAAAACUAUGGAAGUCUGACAUUGAAAUUGCAAGAUGGUUUGGACCAGUAUGAACCUUACUCUGAAAAACCAAACCAUACCGCCUUCUUCACAAAUAUGAUUAGAAAUGUUGUCAUUGAUAUCAAGCAAAACAUUGAUUAUGCCUCUUUAGAUUUGCAAGUUAUAUUGAAUGAUUUUUCAUCUAUCACAUAAGGUAUCAUCGUUUUCUAAGUUCAUUGCUUCUAUUCAGCCUUUAAUUUCAUUUUCAACUUUUCCACCAUGAAGUUAGGUUUAUUAUUUUAGUCAAACAAACAAUUUAAUGUAUGCUUUGAAGACACUUGAGGUAUCUCCAAGUAUAAAGAUCAACUUAUAUUACGAACGAUUUGACAGGAGAAGACUUCCACCUUGUUCAUAAUGGUUGUAAAAUUUUUAAACUAUGUAUAACAAUAUAAAUUUAUCUUAAUCACACAUCUUGUGUUACUUGAUAAUGCUUGUUGACAGCAAACCAACUCAUUUAUUUCAGCAAUACAUAUAUUUUUAGGUUUCUACCUGUCUUCUUUGUUUUUGUGAGGCAUCAUUCGUCGUUUCCUAGAUGAAGGAACUUAACUCCACCUCAAGGCUGCAAGAUCGACUUAAAAAAUUAAAGUGUUUACAAGAGUAUGCGGGAAACCUUUGUGUGGGAAACAAUGUAUUAUGACACCUCCGAAUUUGAAAUUAAAAUCAACAGCAAUCUAAAAUAUUUAAAAUAAAAAAAAAAACCGAGCACUAAGUAAAUACACUAGAUUAGAACAAGGGUACCACCCCUUUCUUUCUGUCUUUUACUAUGAUUCAUUGACAAUGUGCUUUAUUUUUUCAGAAUUUCUCUCCACUCACAUCUCUAAAACUUCCUAAGAAGAUUUUUCAAGCUGAUUUUCAACUCAAGUAUUCUGAGUUUUCUAUCGUACUGAAUUGGAAGUGCUUAUGGCUUUUUCACCGUCAGAUAGUACUUUGAGUGUUCUAGAUGAAAUUGGUUAAAAUAAGAGGAACUCAAAACAUUUCCUGUAGGAUAAGAAUAUGAGGCCAGUAGCUUGCAUAGGUGAGGAAUAAUACGGAAAUAUUUGGAACAGACAAAAACGCUUAUCAAAAUUUAGCUUCUCUUCAUGGAAUUCAGCUCUAUUUUAUUAAUACUUCCUUCGUAUGUUAAAAAAAUUGUUCCUAUUUUAAUUGAGCAAAGCAGUAAGAGAUAUUACCUAACAAUGGAAUGGAUAUCUGAAUAUAUUUUCGGAAUUGUUUUGUAUAAUAUGAGUUUUAGUGAACCGAGAGCCCUCACCCUCUCACUGAGCUUAUUCGCUGAAGCUUCACGAAAGUAUUUUCGGGUACAAGCUUAUCUGACAAUGAAUUACCUUUUUGAUGACAAAUUAAUCUUUGUAAAAUGUAUAUCAUUGAAAGUAUAAUUAUCAAAGAUCAAAUUAAAAACAAAUCAUCGUUAAUAUUGUUAAAUUUGAUGUAUGCCUAUAGUUUACAACAUAAUAGCAUGGUUCUCAUUUGCUCUAAAAACUUGCCAUAAAUCAAAUUCUAGAAAACCACGAUAUAGUGUUUUAAAGUAAAAUCUUCAUUCUCUA